CCCUUCACACCGCUCGCCUCCCCGCCUUCGUCCACCGGCCGCCACCGGGGCCUCAUGGCCGCGCCACCGCCCAGCCCGUCCUCCUCCUCCUCCUCCUCCUCCUCCUCCUCCUUCUUCUCCUCCUCCUCCUCCUCCUCCUCCGGUCCGGCCCUCGCCACCGUCACCGCCCUGCUGGUCCUCGCCGUCUGGCUGGUUGGCGGGCGGACAAGGAGACCGAAAGAACCUCCCCUCGUGCCUAGUUGGAUUCCUUUCCUUGGGAGAGCCUUGCAAUUCAAGAAUGAUCCCUAUCACUUCUUAAAAGCUCAGCAGAAAAUUCAUGGCGAUGUUUUCACUGUCCUCUUUGUCGGAAAAUACAUUACAUUCAUCCUGGACCCAUUCCAGUUUCCCACGAUCACCAGAACCAGCAAGCAUUUUGACUUCAAAGGGUUUGCAAACCACCUGGGCCAAAAAAUCUUUAACUACCAGUCCUUGUACACCAUACCGAACCUCAGCAAAGACAUCCACGAGUCUUUCCGUUACCUCCAGGGCAAACCUUUGGACAAACUGGUAAGCCAGGUGAUGCACAGUCUUCAGUGUAUAUUUAAGGAGAAGUUUUCCAGAAUGGCAGAUUGGGAAACAGAACAAAUGUACACGUUCUGCCACGCUGUAAUAUUUGAAGCCACGUUUACAACCUUUUAUGGAAAGUAUCCUACUGCAGAUGGCCACAAAGUUAUUAAUGAAAUAAGAGAAACAUUUGCAAAGUUCGAUGCCAACUUUCCGAAGUUAGCAGCAAACAUACCGAUCGAGUUGCUAGGCUCCACCAAGAAGAAUCGCGAGUUCCUUAUACGACAGUUUACGCCUGAGCUCAUGGUCAAGAGGCAACCACUUGCUGAGAUUAUACAAUUUAGAAGAGAGUUCUUGGAGAAAUACAAGUUGCUCCAGGAUUAUAGCAAAGCAGCACAUCAUUUUGGCUUUCUGUGGGCCUCUGUGGGAAACACAAUUCCAGCUUCAUUCUGGGCCCUGUAUUAUCUUCUGCGGCACCCAGAAGCCCUGGCAGUGGUGCGUGACGAAAUUGACCAUUUGCUGCAGUCAACAGGUCAGGCGAACAGGCCGGGCAGCUUCAUCUACCUCACCAGAGAACAAUUGGACAACCUGGUCUACCUAGAUAGCCUCAUCUUGGAGAGUUUUCGGUUAAACUCGGCGUCCACCAACUUUCGGAUCAUCCAGGAAGAUUUCACUCUCCAGCUGGAGGAUGGCAGGGAUUUCAACCUUCGGAAAGGAGACUGGCUGGCCCUUUUCCCUCAGACCAUGCACAGAGACCCCGAGAUCUUCGAAGAUCCUGAGGUGUUUAAGUUUGAUCGUUUUGUGGAAAACGGCAAGAAGAAAACCACCUUCUUCAAAAGAGGAAGAAAGCUAAAAUAUUUCCUGAUGCCAUUUGGAUCUGGAGUCAGCAUGUGUCCCGGCCGCUUCUUCGCCGUGAGUGAGAUAAAGCAGUUCCUGAUUUUGUUACUAGUUCACUUGGAGGCCGAAAUCAUCGAAGAGAAGAAUUUGGUGUCUAACAACGAACGCCUGGGCUUCGGGAUCCUUUAUCCAAAUUCAGAUAUUUCUUUUAGGUACAGGUGGAAAGGUUGCGGGUCAAGCUUAGUCUGCUAAUUGAUGGUGGUGAAUAUUUUCUUGACAAGGUUUGUUUCCACCCUGGUGUGUGACUCUCUUUCCAUUAUUCUCUGGGUUGCAGGACAAAGCGUCAUACCAGUCAAUCUAUCAGUUGUAUUUUUUGAGCACUUAUUGUGUGCAGAGCACUGUACUAAACGCUUCGGAGCUCAUGUCCCCUGAGCUCAUAUCCCCUGAGCUCAUAUCAGAUCAUCUAAAAAUGUGAAUUGUCAGAUCCCCCAAAGCCACAUAGACUUUUCUCUCCUUGGAUUUCCUGGAUGGGCAGAUUUGAAUUCCGGAGUGUUUUAGGAUUUCCAUCUUUUUGGACCAUUUUCAUGUUCGUUAGUGGUAUUUAGAUGAUUUUUCACCAGGCUCUCUGCAGUUAGGCCCGGGGGGGUGGAGGGGGGGGCGCGCGUGUAGGCAUAAUAGGCGUGUUCUCCUGCAGACAUUUCUCCUCAACAUCAUGUUGUUUUAAACAGACGCCCCUUCUGGGACUAAUAAUACUAUUGUAAUAAUCUGUUUUAUGGUAAAGACGUAUUCCCCCGGUUCCAACCACAGUAUGCAAAAUGAGGAGACCCAUCCAGCGCAAGUUGAAGACAUUGCCCAGGGUCCGUAAGUCCGGCCCAGCAAUUUGUCCUUUCAGCUCGGGAGAGCCAAUUCCCUCUCAGUCCCUUUCCUCCCUUUCACCAUUCGGUUCCUGCCCUCCCCGGGCCUGAGAGGUUUUUAGGCAACCCUCACCCUGAUCCCUCUGGGCCCUCCUCCCCAGCUUCCCUGGCUUCGCCCAGGUCCCAUUCCCGGGCUCCGGGACUGUACGGUAUUUUUAAAGCCACCUUGGGCUACGUGGAAGGCUUCUACCUUUGGAAGCUGCCGAGACCCACGAGAUCCUUCACCUCGGCCGUUGGCAGGCCUCGCGAGCCCUUGCCGCCGAUGCCACUGCUAGAAGUCCCAGGAACCACCCUCCCCGUGGCUGGGGGAAGCGGUUAGGCGGCUUCCCUGUUGACCAGGUCGAGUACGCUUUUCCCCAGCCCUCCUGAGCCAGCUCUAGAGCGCUUCCUCUCCUGCCACAAUCACCACAAUGUCCCGGCGUUCCCUUUCCCACACUCCUUCACGUCCUGAUCCCGGUGGUUUCGAGCCAAGUGUGAUUCUGUGGUUAUGCAGACAGAUUUGGAAUUGGAAAACAGGGUGGGCUCUCCCACCCGUUUCAAAGCCAGCUAACCCUAGCUUCAAACCAACGUCAAAGCUGUCCGGUUCAUGAAGUCGACAACACAGCAAGAGAACAUUCUUGGUGAUCAUGUCUGACUAAAAUUAGAAAUUCUUCUUUGAGAAAGGAAAGGAAAAUGGUUCAAUCCUUCCUCCCCAAAGACAUUCCUCCUCUCAGCAGUCUUGCAACUCGCUUCCCUCCACUUGUUCAUUAUCGAGUGUUAUCUCCCCCCACCCCGCCCCCAUCCUUUCAUUUAAUUACUAGAUUAUUUACGUGCAUGCUUCUAAUACUAGUAAAACAUUAUGAUAGAAAAUGGACACAGCCAACGGGAUCCGAAUCCUCAGAGAAGAAAAUUUAAUUUCUCUCGGAUACAUUGGAUGAAAAUGUUCUCUUCAUGUAUAAUAUCAAUAAUCUCUACUUUGCCGGUGUACAAUUUUGCAUUAAAUGGGUUUUGCAGUUGAUUAAAUGCCUCAACUUUGCUUCAACAUUUAAUCAACCGUAAACGAUCUUUAUUGCUCUGUAUACUCUAGCUCAAUAGAACAAAAUUUGUUUUUAUAUAGGGCCUCUAAUGUUCAGGUUAGAUUCUGAGAGUGCUUAACUGUGUAAGAAAACACAGAAUCCAUUACACUCUCAGCAAUUGCUCCAGACAUUAGAACCAGUUUUAUCGAGGGAGGGAAUGUUGUCCUCAUUACCGAAUUGUCUGUGGACAUUAUGGCAUCCGUGUUUGCACUAAAACAUCCUGUGUCAAAAAUCAAUGUGUCCUGCCUUCCUCUUGAACAAAUUGUGAAAACGAACAGGUGUUUGUAUGAGACACGGCACCCUUUUUUUUUUUUAAAGUAUUUUGAGCCUUUUUAUUUUGAAUUGCAAUACUCUGUGAUUAGAGUAUAUUUUGAUACAACACACUGUGACAUAGUGCCAACACUGAAAGCAUUUGUAAUUUCAGAUUACUAAAUGAUCAGCUGGUAUAUGAAAGAAGAUGAAGCGGAGAUGAUAUCUAUAAACAGACAGAUCCAAGGUAGGAUCGUCUGCCCACGGUCCAGCUCUAAGCCUCGCUAGAGAUGGGAUAGAAACCUCUGAGCCAUAGUGUAUACUGUAGUCCCUAAAAUCUGAGUCCAUAUACGCCAAAUGCGGAACCACCCCCCGAUUCUGGUCGUGCGCUAUAAGGGAGGUCCAUGACGGAAGGGUUCCGACAGACAGUUGUGAGUAGCACAGUGGGGUGUAUAUGAACCACGGUUCUCACCAUGGAAAAAAAGGAAGGGGACACUCUCCCCCCUUCACCCCCUCCCCAGGACGUUCGGUACCUACUACAGGGGCAAAACCCUCCGGGCCUCCUCUUUGAAUCACUUCUUCCUCAAAAGGAAAGGCGUCUCAAAAUCCCAGCCGAACUGUCUGAUUCUCACUGGGUUCCUUCACAGCGCCUUCCGGCUUACCUGAGGAGACUCUCACUGUGAAAGAAAGACACAAAUCAUCCGAACUCUUCUGGGUCUGUCGUGUACAGUGGUGAAAGCUCUGUCCUCUCGGUGAGCCGAGAAGCUUCCCUCUACGACAGCCACCUCAAUACCCUGGCUCUUUGGGGGGAAGAGGAAAAAGAGAAAGGCUCUAGGUAGCAGUAGCUGUUUUUGAGCCAAACCUAAAUUCAAUGCUUUUCCCCGUGAGUCUUCCCAAAUUUCCAAGUAAAAUUUGAAAUCACAGGUGUGGUAUUUAGUAAGCACUUACUCUGUGCUUAGUGUUUUGCUAGGUGACAAAAUAACCCAUCGAUCCGACCAGAAACUAAAGCUAAAAAUGUACCCGUUUGGCUCACGCGCCCGGUUAAACAAUGUGAAUAAUAACAACAACAACAAAAAAAUCUCGUAUCGUGCUGCCUCCCUCGCAAAAGCGAUUUUGAGCCUAAUAGUAUAUGAAGUGACAUUAGACCGUUUCCAUGAUCACUGUUACAAUAUCUCCAUAUACACAAUUAAGAAGUUUGCCCGCUAAGACUCCUAAUGCCUUCGUUUUGUGUAAUGCUUUUAUUCCCAAAGUACCCUCGCAUUAAUUACCUCAUUUUCGCCUUCACGACGAGCCUGCGAGGUAGGUAGAAAGGCAGGUUUCAUUAUCCCCAUUUUGCCAAUGAAACCGAGGUUCAGAGAGGUCACACAGCCGCCUGGUGACAGAGCUUAGGCUCAAACUCAGAUCCUCCGGCUUCCAGACUGGCACUCUUCCCCGUGACCCUGCUGCUGCUGACUCUGCUUGGGUUUAAUUGGAGUGAGGGAUUACCAAGGUAUUUUUUUUUUUUUUUUGUCAUUUCAUACAACUCUGGAUUCGUGUUGGUCUUCCGUCACAGGACUUGAUAUCUGAAUUAAUUUUUUACUUUAAAUGUUUCAUCAGCCCGUGAAUGAAAAUGAGAGUUGGUAGCGCUACUUUGUAGCAGGAAACAGUUCUUCGAUCUUUAGGUGCCAGAUACGAGGCAACAGGUGAUAUAUAAAGAAUUCUUAUCUGAUUAUUGUGACAUUAUCUUCUGGAAUCAGAAAGAUGGGUGUGAAUUUGAGGAAAAAUAAAAUUCUCUAAAGGAAUGUCAGCUGGAUGGUUCAUGUGCUUUGCAAACGUAAUAAUCUUGUGUUUCAAAGAGGUAAUGGAAUAAAUCAACUUUAAAAGUGA